CAACAUAUCAAUCUUUCCUCUUCACUCUUGAGCAAGCACAAACAAAAGAUCUAAUGUACUUGUUAAAAUGAGUGUCUUUUCUCAACUCCGCAACCGAGUUCUCGAAUGGAGGCACGGCAUUCCUCUACCAGCCUCAGAGACCAACGUAUCGCCCAUCUUCCAAUCAUGGCAUCAAUUCGACACCUCCUUUAACAAAUGGCUGCCUCUCGACAAACCACAGGAACCCUCCCAAGAAAGUAGUAGCGCAGAUACCACCCCAGCUGAAUACUCAAAGCUAGUCCUCGCGACAUGGAAUGUCGACGCCGGCGCACCCGACUCGGCAACGCGUAUCUCAUCCAUCAUAUCGCAUCUCAAGGCCUCAGUCCCCCCAGUCAACAUUAUCUUCCUUCAGGAAGUCUCACGAACAGCUCUGUCCACAAUACUAGCCACACCCUGGGUCCGCGAGCACUGGUACUCCAGCGAAGCAGACACGACCAACUGGGGCGUCCGACCCUUUGCAACCAUGACGUUGGUAUCAAGAUCGAAGCUGAGAGAUAACACCCUCGGUCCAAUCUGGCGAGUCAAAUACCCCAGUCGCUUCGAGAGAGACGCGCUCUGCUGCGACGUUUUUCUCCCCUCACCUAAAUCCGGAUCUGAAUCUGCAUCUCCCUCCCGCGUGCGCCUCAUGAACGUGCACUUGGACUCUCUCCCCAUUCAGCCGUCGAAACGGCCUAUUCAGCUCUCAAUCAUAGCGUCAUACCUUCGCGCGGCUGGACGCGGCCUCGUAGCGGGGGACUUUAAUCCCGUACUUCCUGAAGACAAUGCGCUCAUCGGCACCAACGAGCUCAAAGAUGUAUGGGUUGAGCUCCGUCCGGAGGAGGAUGGGUUUACGAAACUGAAAGGACCAUCUGCAUGA